AUGAGCGCGGGCUGGGCGCGCGGGGAGGCGGGCGCCCCCCGAGUGGUGCCGGCGCCCUGCGCCUCGAAGGUGGAGCUGCGGCUGAGCUGCCGGCACCUGCUGGACCGCGACCCGCUCACCAAGUCGGACCCCAGCGUGGUGCUGCUGCUGCAGGCGCAGGGCCAGUGGGUGCAGGUGGACAGGACGGAGGUGGUCCGGAGCUGCCUGCACCCCGUGUUCUCCAAGGUCUUCACGCUCGACUACUACUUUGAGGAGGCGCAGAAGCUGCGGUUCGAGGUCUACGACAGCCACGGGCCCGGCAGCCUCAGCUGUCAGGACGACGACUUCCUGGGCGGCAUGGAGUGCACCUUGGGGCAGAUUGUGGCCCAGAAGAAGGUGACCCGACCACUGCUGCUGAAGUUCGGCAGGAAUGCGGGCAAGUCCACCAUCACGGUGAUAGCCGAGGACAUCUCCACCAACAACGGGUACGUCGAGCUCUCCUUCCGGGCCCAGAAGCUGGACGACAAGGACGUCUUCAGCAAGUCGGACCCCUUCCUGGAGCUGUACCGGGUCAACGACGACCAGAGCGAGCAGCUGGUGUACCGGACGGAGGUGGUGAAGAACAACCUGAGCCCCGUGUGGGAGCCCUUCAAGGUGUCGCUCAACUCCCUGUGCAGCUGUGAGGAGACCAGGCCUCUGAAGUGCCUGGUCUGGGACCACGACUCUCGCGGGAAACACGACUUCAUCGGGGAGUUCACCACCACCUUCGCGGAGAUGCGGAGGGCCUGGGCCGAGGACCAGGCCCAGUGGGAAUGCGUGAACGCCAAGUACAAGCAGAAGAAGCGCCAUUACAGGAACUCAGGGGUGGUCAUCCUGGCCGACCUGAAGUUCUCCAGGGUUUACUCCUUCCUGGACUACAUCAUGGGCGGCUGCCAGAUCCACUUCACGGUGGCCAUCGACUUCACGGCCUCCAACGGGGACCCCCGGAACAGCUGCUCCCUGCACUACAUCAGCCCCUUCCAGCCCAACGAGUACCUGCAGGCCCUGGUGGCCGUGGGCGAGGUCUGCCAGGACUACGACAGCGACAAGAGGUUCUCGGCUUUGGGGUUCGGAGCCCGGAUCCCUCCCAAGUUUGAGGUGUCCCAUGACUUUGCCAUCAAUUUCAACCCCGAGGACGACGAGUGUGAAGGAAUCCAGGGCGUGGUGGAGGCCUACCGGAACUGCCUGCCCCGCGUACAGCUCUACGGCCCCACCAACGUGGCACCCAUCAUCUCCAAGGUGGCCCGUGCGGCUGCCGCCGAGGAGCGCACCGGGGAGGCCUCUCAAUACCACAUCCUGCUGAUCCUGACGGACGGCGUGGUGACCGACAUGGCGGACACGCGGGAGGCCAUCGUGCGAGCCUCCCACCUGCCCAUGUCCAUCAUCAUCGUGGGCGUGGGCAACGCCGACUUCACGGACAUGCAGGUCCUGGACGGGGACGACGGCGUCCUGCGCUCCCCGCGGGGCGAGCCCGCGCUCCGGGACAUCGUCCAGUUCGUGCCUUUCCGGGAGCUCAAGAACGCGUCCCCCGCGGCGCUGGCCAAGAGCGUGCUGGCUGAGGUGCCCAAGCAGGUGGUGGAGUAUUACAGCCACAAGGAGCUGCCGCCUCCAGGCCUCGGCGCCCACGACAGUGGGUCAGGCUUCACCCCAUGAGGACCCCAGAGAGGGGGUACAACCAGGGGUGCCUCCUGUCUCCAGCACCCUUGGGGCCCCUUAAAUCCCCCCUGACCUCCCAGAAGCCUCCUGUCCCCCAACCGCCCAGGCCCACUCAUCCUCUGGGGCCCCCAAGGCGGAAGGAUGAACAAAUCCAGGCCUGAGGAGACCCAGAAACAGAAGCAGAAGGGGUGGGGGGCUGGCGGUAGCCCCCACACCUGGCCCUGCCCCAGGAGGGGCUGGGGGACUCACGGUGCAUCUGAUCUUCCUGGGGAGGGGCCAGCAGGCAGCAUCGGUCACAGAGAAACCGGUGGCCCCAGGCCCGGUGGUCAGAUUGCUCUUUGCCAGCCCUGCCCCCUGCUGUCCCUUUCCUGCCCCUGCU